AUGACUUUUGGGCUCAGGUUUAGCUUUGGAAGUGGGGAGUGGAGAAAUGGAGCUGAAGCUCAAGAAUUGACCCAAGAUGCUGAAGGGAGAUGGUUUUCAUUCUCUGUGACUUUGUCCACCGUGGUCGUCAUGGAGCGAAAGGGUAUGGCUACCCACCUAGCAUCUCUGCCAUGUAUUGAGACGCCAUCAACUUUGGAAACGGUUUUGCGGGAGCUUGAGGACGCCGGAGAGGUCAAGCUAGGCGUUUCGCAUCACACCUUGACUGACGCCCGGGAUGGGGUAUCCUUGGACAAGACCUUGGUGUUUGCCUUGGACGCGCUUAAAGACGAUGAUGAAAAGAAGAAGAAAAAAGAAGAAGGACAAGUCUACGUUGACCAGCACCAGCUUUGGCUCUGUGCUGAACAUCAGUUCUUUCAAGAACUGUGA